UCAGAGCAGGAAACGCAGCUGCUGGACCGCACGUGCGUCUCCAGUUGGACUUCCACACACGCCGACUGCGCACGCCCGCUGAAAGGCUUCUUCAGCCGGCUUCCUUCCGAGCACCCGACACCGGACACGCCGAAGAAAGUUCCGGUGCGUCUCCGGGCCUCGCAACCCCUGCAACUGAAGCGGAGACCGGAGGCGCGAGCGGGACAGACGAGGGUCUCCAGGUGUCAUGGCUGACUACUUGAUAAGCGGGGACACCGGCUACGUCCCGGAGGACGGACUGACGGGACAGCAGCUCUUCAACGGGGGAGACGGACUCACAUACAAUGACUUCCUGAUUCUACCUGGAUACAUAGAUUUCACGUCAGAUCAAGUGGACUUGACCUCGGCUCUCACCAAGCGAAUCACAAUGAAGACGCCCUUUGUCUCGUCCCCGAUGGACACCGUCACCGAGGCCAACAUGGCCAUCGCCAUGGCACUCACAGGAGGCAUCGGCUUCAUCCACCACAACUGUACUCCGGAGUUCCAGGCCAAUGAAGUUCGCAAAGUGAAGAGGUACGAGCAGGGCUUCAUCACCGACCCCGUGGUGAUGAGUCCCAAUGAGCGCGUGCGAGACGUUUUCCAAGCCAAAGCCCGUCACGGCUUCUGCGGCAUCCCCAUCACUGACAAUGGCAAGAUGGGCGGCAAGCUGGUGGGCAUCAUCUCCUCCAGAGACAUCGACUUUCUGAAGGAGGAGGACCACGACCUGCUGCUGAGCGAGGUGAUGACCAAGCGCGAGGACUUGGUGGUCGCCCCGGCGGGAGUCACGCUGAAAGAAGCCAAUGAGAUCCUUCAGCGGAGUAAAAAGGGCAAGCUGCCGAUCGUGAACGAGGAGGGCUCCCUGGUGGCCAUCAUCGCCCGCACGGACCUGAAGAAGAACCGCGACUUCCCUCUGGCCUCCAAAGACUCCCGGAAACAGCUGCUGUGCGGCGCCGCCAUCGGCACCCACAACGACGACAAGUACCGGCUGGACCUGCUGGUGCAGAGCGGCGUGGACGUGGUGGUUCUGGACUCGUCUCAGGGGAACUCCAUAUUCCAGAUUAACAUGAUCAAAUACAUCAAGGAGAAGUACCCCAGCCUGCAGGUCAUCGGAGGAAACGUGGUCACAGCGGCUCAGGCCAAGAACCUGAUCGACGCAGGCGUGGACGGGCUCCGGGUCGGGAUGGGCAGCGGCUCCAUCUGCAUCACACAGGAAGUGCUGGCGUGCGGCCGCCCUCAGGCCACGGCUGUGUACAAAGUGUCGGAGUACGCGCGGCGCUUCGGCGUUCCCGUCAUUGCGGACGGAGGGAUCCAGACGGUGGGACACAUCGCCAAAGCUCUGGCUCUGGGAGCCUCCACAGUGAUGAUGGGCUCGCUGCUCGCCGCCACCAGCGAAGCUCCCGGCGAGUACUUCUUUUCUGACGGCAUCCGCCUGAAGAAGUACCGCGGCAUGGGCUCCCUGGAUGCCAUGGACAAGAACCUGGGCUCCCAGACCAGAUACUUCAGCGAGUGUGACAAGAUCAAAGUGGCUCAGGGAGUGUCGGGGGCGGUGCAGGACAAGGGCUCCAUCCACAAGUUUGUUCCGUACCUGCUGGCUGGGACGCAACAUUCCUGCCAGGACAUCGGCGCCAAGAGCCUCACGCACGUCAGAGCCAUGAUGUACUCGGGAGACCUGAAGUUUGAGAAGAGGACAGCAUCAGCUCAGAUGGAGGGAGGAGUCCACAGCCUGCACAGCUACGAGAAACGAUUGUUCUGAGGCCUCCACCGCUGGAAAUAUGCAACGUCACAUCUGCUCUUCAAGUCUUCCUGAAAUCUGCAUGUCUGUUCACGUGUCCAAUAAAAGAGGUG